UAUGAACGACAGCUAGAACAGGUCCGUUGUAACUAUACCGGUACUUUUUAUAUAUCCAGCAAAAAAGUAUUUCCUCUUUCAAAGAUACCGCCAAGUCAUCAGAACAUUCAUGAAGAAUUAAUUCAUAACUUACCAUUAAUAUAUAAAACGAAAGAAUUUUAUUAACGAAAGUAUUACUUUUACAGGUGCAAGAAUCGGAAACAAAAUUUCUUCUUAAUUAUAAAAUGCUCUCAUCAAUUUUAAUAUUGCUUGCUUUCGGUAUCGUUGCUGCUGAAGAUUGCAAAGGAUGCGUUUCCCUGGAUUCAUAUUCCUUUGACAAGGUAAUACCAAAAUUCAAAGCUGCAGUUGUUAAAUUUGAUGUAUCAUUUCCGUACGGAGAAAAACACGAGCAAUAUGCACAAGUAGCCGCCGCAACGAAAGAUGCUCAUGAUCUACUAGUAGCUGAAGUUAGAGUUAAAGAUUACGGCAAUAAAGAUAAUUCCGAUCUUGCUGCUCGUUAUAAAAUAAAAUCUGAAUCUUUUCCGGCCAUUCUUCUAUUCUUGCAAGGAAAAUCAGAACCUAUUCCAUUUAUUGCUGAAAAAGAAUCUGAAUUCACUGCAGACAAUAUUAAACGAUUUAUUAAAUUGAAAUCUGGCGUAUAUCUUGGUCUACCUGGUUGUAUAGAGCAAUUAGACAGACUGGCAGAGGAAUUCAAGUCCAGCAGUGAAAAGGACAGGAAGGAAAUAUUAAACAAAGCUAAAGUAUUUGAAGAAACAUUACCAGAAACACAACGAAAUGCAGCUAAAGUUUAUGUUAAAACUAUGGAAAGAAUUUUAGAAAGGGGAGACGUCUUUGUUCAAACAGAACAAACAAGAAUAGAGGGUAUUUUAAAAGGAAAAUUAUCGAACGAAAAGAAACGCACAAUGGAAGAGAAACGCAAUAUCCUUCAUUCGUUUUUGUAUAGAGACGAAUUGUGAAGAAGUUAACAUGACACGGUAUUACAAAUUUUAUCGCGAGUGCUUUUUAAAAAAUAGCAUUGUAUUUAAAUUCCAUAUCCGUCAAUCAUUUUAAUUGUAAUUGUAACACAUUUCUUGCAAUUCAAAACAAUACAUGGAACGGGAAUAACAUUCGUUUUACUCAAGACAUUCCAUUAUUUUAAAAUGUAAUUUAUAUUAAUGUCAAAAACUGUAAAAAAUAUUUAAAAACAGACAAACGAUUAAAAAGUUCCAGAUUUAUGUAAGCGCUAUGUGAUCAUAAAUGGUUACACUUUCAUAUUAAUCAUUUCCAGUUUUGUAUCAGAACAGAAACAUAAUUGUGAUAUACCUUAUAA